AUUUAACAAAUCAAAUCUCUCUCUGAAUCUUAGUUUUCAUGCGUUCAACAUUAGAUCCUCUUUCUCUCUCAUGAUUCUUUAUUCUUAGACGUGGACGGGUCCUGCAUCAUAAACUGAUUCUAUUCAAAGACAGAGAGUAUUGAGAAGAUAUAUGAAGUGGAUGCUAAAUAUGUUUAUUUUAGUGGCUGCUUGAUGGUGAAUUGGGAAUUUAUGUUUCAAUGAUUCGUGGAAUCUAGAAUGUGAAGUAUCCAUGGUAGAUAGUUCUCACUUUUCAGUGAUGGGAUUCUUAAACUUAGAGAAGAAAUGGUUGUUUCCUCUCAUUCUGUGUUCUGCGGUAUGCAUGCUCCUUCUAGUAACAUCCUUCAACAUGGGUCUUGUCUCUUCAACUCAUUCCAUCAAUUCACUAUUCUUUUUUCUCCCAUCUCAUUUACGAUCGAACCAAACUGCGCCGUUUUUUGUGGAGAAGAAGAGUUCUCCUGCUCCAGCUCCUGCUAGGCCUGCAAUUCCUCGUUUUGCAUAUUUGAUUUCUGGCUCCAAAGGCGAUUUGGAAAAGCUUUGGAGAACUCUUCAUGCACUAUAUCAUCCACUAAACCAUUAUGUUGUUCAUUUGGACCUCGAAUCCCCACUUGAGGAAAGGAUGGAGCUUGCACAUAGAAUUGAAAGACAGCAUGUCUUUGCUGAGGUUGGAAACGUUUAUGUAAUUACAAAGGCUAACAUGGUCACUUAUAGAGGACCAACGAUGGUUGCUAAUACUCUUCAUGCCUGUGCCAUUCUGCUCAAGAGAAGUAAAGACUGGGACUGGUUUAUUAAUCUUAGUGCUUCAGACUAUCCUCUUGUGACUCAGGAUGAACUACUACAUGCUUUUUCAGAUUUAGAUAGAUGCCUUAACUUCAUUGAGCACACAAGUCGGUUAGGAUGGAAACUAGAUAAACGAGCAAUGCCUUUAAUUGUAGACCCAGGGCUUUACAUGUCAACCAAAUCUGAUGUAUUUUGGGUCAAUCCUAAGAGAACUUUACCAGAUGCUUUUAAACUAUUCACUGGUUCAGCAUGGAUGGUAUUAUCACACGAAUUUGUUGAAUAUGUAAUCUGGGGAUGGGAUAAUCUACCAAGGACACUUCUCAUGUACUACACUAAUUUUGUUUCUUCCCCUGAAGGCUACUUUCAAACUGUUGCAUGCAAUGUGCCUGAAUUAGCUAAAACUCUUGUCAAUAGUGACAUGCAUUUUAUUGCCUGGGACAACCCUCCUAAGCAGCACCCUCAUGUCCUUAAUAUCAAUGACACAGACAAAAUGAUUGAAAGUGGUGCUGCCUUUGCUAGAAAAUUUAAUCAAGAUGACCCUGCCUUGGAUUUGAUUGAUAAAAAGUUGCUCCAUAGGAGAAAUGGACUAUUUCCUCUCGGCGGUUGGUGCACGGGUAAGCCCAAAUGUUCUGAGAUUGGGAACAUUUAUAAACUCAAACCUGGUCCUGGAUCUGAAAGGCUUCAUCGCUUCGUAGCUGAGCUAAUUUUGAAGGCUAAAUCUGGUGAGGAUCAGUGUAAAUAGCUCCUAUUUGGAACUUUUGUGGUUGGAGAUUGAAGAGUGUCAGAUAGAUGAUGGUUAUUUUUAUAACCAGAUACAUUAUUUCAGCAUCUAGAUGAAGGGAUAUAACUUUGAGGUUGGAAAGCGAUUGAACAUCAAAUGUAGUUAGCUUGGUAUAGCACAUCAAUCCCAGAUAUUAACUUGGCCAUAAUUAGUAGCUUCUAUGUGAAGUACCAAAGAUGGCAUGAGGGUCAUCUUUCUUUUUGUAGGUCCUUUUUACAUAGAGGUUACACAUUUUUUAUAGCAGCAUCAUGAUCCUGGAAUUUUAUAGAUUUUUAUCAAUGUUUUUUUUUUGUUAUUUUACUUCAUGUUUCAUGAAUCAUGAUCCUUUUGAUAGACAACAGAAUUUGGAUUAUUAGAUUUUAGACUCAGUCAGCCAAAACCUCUGCUAGACAUUUUUAUAUAUCAUGGUUAAUAUUUCAGUGGCU